UCGUCUUCUUUAUCUUCGUCGUUGUCGCCACCGCUAUCGGUCGCUUUGAGUGGCUCUGUUUCCGCACAAACAGACUUGCGCCCACGCCCCUAGGUAGCCAUGUACUCGUCGUACUCCGUUGCGGCAGCCGUGUGCAGCUGCGUGUUCCCGACCUUAGCUAUUAUUGCCGUGGGGUUCAGGCUGAGGGCGCACCUGUUGCAGCAAUCGAAGCUGGGGCCGGAUGACUGGCUGACACUCGUUGCGCUGGCGCUUGCCAUUUCAUACUGCUGCCUUGUUCUGUAUGGCUCAUUUCACGCAAGUAUCGGACAGGAUUUGAGUACUAUUACCCCAGACGAGUAUACCAACUACCAAAAGCACUUGUAUUUUGGCGUUAUUCUUGCACAUUUGUCCUACGGAUUUGUUAAGCUCGCCGUAUUGCAGUUUUACAAGCGCAUAUUCGCAGUUGCAAGCUUCGUUCUCUACGCGAACGUCAUCAUUUCUAUUGUAAUCCUGUUCAUGAUAGCCGCCACAUUUACCCAGAUAUUUUCCGCUUGGCCUAUCUACAACUGGUGGACGCUAGGCGAAACUUAUACUAUCAACUAUGGCGCAUUCCUCACCUCAUUUGCGGCCAUCGAUCUCGCCCUCGACAUCGCCAUCUUGUCUCUUCCGAUACCGAUCAUCAAUAGCCUGCACAUGAAUAGGAGACGGAAGCUCCUACUACUAGGUGUCUUCUGGAUGGGCUUUUUCUGCGUCGUCGCAACUACUGUUCGACUUUAUUUCGGAUAUAAGCUAAGCCAGGCUGGAUCUGGGCGGCCCGUGUCCGACGAAGAGUUCUCAUACGUUUCCGUCAACAACGUAAUCUGGGCCGAAUUAGAAAGCUGCUGCUCCAUCAUCGCUGGUUGCCUGCCCACCUACGGUCCGCUCAUACGCUCCUUUUCCUUCACCGAGUUCUUUACUAGCAUCUUCAACUCGCUGCUCAGCUCGGUGAAACGUAAAAGUGUCAAUCAGUCUAGUAAAGGCGACCAGAAGGAUACAUGGUACCCGCUUUCGGAAAACCAGGGCAAUUCGACAAACGUUGAGAACAGUAGUGAAAUUAGAUUAAAUUAAGACGAUGGCGUGUUCCCAUCCUGGUCAAUCUUGUUGAAGACAUCUUGGAUAGGUGGACGAAGAUAAAUGAUAUAAUCAGACUCUCUUCAUGAGUGAACUGUGAUACGGGCAUUACUUAGAACGUUG